AAAUCAAUAAAUAAAAGACUAUCGAAGCAAAAUUUGCACAAAAAUCAUUCUUUUCAAAUUUUCGCCAAAAAUAAGCCUCAGAAUACUGAAGAAAAUGUGAUUAGUGUGAUUUUCAGUUGUCAAUGAAUCUGUAAAGAUUGCUGAAGGAUCUGAAAAAGUGAUACUGAAAUGAGUAUCAAGAAAAUGGAUUCGAUUCCCUCCGCCAGUGGCAAUGUCCGCGAGGACGAAAGAAAUGCUCGGCAGCUGGGUAUCAUGCAUUUGAAGAAACUGUUCGGAGAAUUUGCUCAGUGCAAGGAUUCCCUCGGAGAUAAGGAGAAGGAGUUCCGCAUAUACAAUAUGUUGCCCCUGUUCAUCAAAAUGUUCGAUACCAGUCACCCAAGGGAGAUGGUGGAGAAGUUUCCGGAUGUGCAACAGUUCUGUCUACAUGUGUCUAAAUUGAUGGUUACGGAGAUAAAAAGACGUGGAUCCAAUCAAAGUACAGAAGCUGCUUCUAAAAAAAUAGUUGAUUUCUUAGAAAUUGACGAAAAUGAAGAAAUCAGUAAUGGUUGGAUGCUAUUGACAACAAUCAACAUCAUGUCGGCUGGUGACAAAGCACUCAUACAGAUAAUGACGAAUGCUUCGAUUCCCUCUACUCUUGUCAAAUGCUUAUAUUUAUUCUUCGACUUGCCCGAGCUUAGUGAAACGGAUGAUAACAGCAAAAUUAGUAAAUUUACAAGCAAAGAAAGACGAAUAUUAUUACAGAAACUAUUUGUACAGGUGUUGGUACGCCUAUGCUCGCACCCUUAUCCGGCAGACGAAUUAGCCCGGAUGGAUGAUUUAUUCCUGCUUUUCUCGGCUAUCACGUCUCAAUGUCCGUCGUACAAUGUUAUAUGGAGAAAAUCGGCAUCCGAAGUUCUGACAACUUUAUCUCGCCAUGGAUUGACAAAUCAAGUAGUGGACUAUUUACAUACUAAAGGUUGCAUGUCGCUAUGUGUGGAUAACAUGCAACGAUCAUCGCAAUUGCAGCCUCUGGAGGUAGUUGAAAUGGUUGUUUCCGUAUUCUGCUUCCUGAAAGAUUCCAGUGAUGUGUCUCAAAUAUUGCUGGAUGAUUUCAAAUCAUGCCAAGGAUACUUGUUUCUGGUUGACUUUCUAAUCAAGUUGGACCAAGAGGAUCAGAAAUCUGUGGAUACAGAAGCAGCAAUACGAAAUCUAGUCCUCAUGACAGCUUCUCUCUGUAUCUGUGGGUACAACGAGCUGAAAGUCACGUUCAACAACAAUUCUCACUUUCAAAUGCAAGGUUUCAAAAUGCCACAGGUAUCAUCAAGAGGGACCUGUGUUCGAAAUCUUCACGCUUUCCAGGUUUUGCAGACGGUUUUUCUCAAAUCGGACAAUACAACUCUAUGUUGCAUAAUCUUGGAUGCCAUAUCCAGCGUGUAUCAUUCUGAUAAUGCAAAUUACUUCAUCUUGGAGUCUCAGAACACUCUCUGUCAAUUCUCGGAAAUAAUCCACCUGAAAAGCAUUCCAGUCAGGGAGAAGUUUUUCGGAUUACUGGAGUUCAUAGUGUUUCAGUUGAACUUUGUUCCGUGUAAGGAGUUAAUUUCUUUGUCUCUGUUGCUGAAAUCCAACCAUUCCGUUGAGUGCAGCAUAUUGUGCAUGAAGACACUUCUGAAUCUGCUACGACACAGUAAUCUCUUCUGCGAUGUAUACCGCGAAGUAGGAAUUUUGGAAGUUUUCGUUAACUGUCUAAAAAAAUACAAAGCAUUGCUGGAGAUGACGCAGCUUGAUGACAAUUCAAAUUCCGCUAAAGAUCAUAAUUUGGUGCUAGGAGAAAUGAUCUUAGAAGCAUUGAUAAUUCUGCUGAGCGGAAAUAAUAGCAAUGCUACGGUUUUUCGGGAUAGCGGCGGAUCUAAAUGUAUACACGACAUGAUACAGUUCGAUUGCUGUAGUAACACCGUUUUGAAAAUAAUCAAAGAGAUGAUUUUAAAUUCCGGAGGAGAUGACGAUAUGCUUCGAUUACUAGAGGCUAUGCAGGCAGCUCCGAUGAGUCAAGUUCGGUUAAAAAUCGUAAUUCUCCGGUCUCUUGUAACUUGCUUGCGGGAUAGUCAUCGAACGCGGACCAUAUUCCGAAAGGUUAACGGGUUCAACCACCUGAUAAAAACUAUUGAAUCGCUGAAGGACAUUUUCUCCGAUCAAGCCGACAAAUGUGAAUAUCACACGUUUUUACAAUUCUUCUAUGUGGUGUGUCAAGCGCUUGCUACGGCCAUGCGUUUCGAACCGGCAAAUGCCAAGUUCUUCCAGCAAGAGUUGUGCACUACAACGUUUUGCAACGCACUGCGCUCUUUGGGAUGCUUCAGCACGGCAACGAUACUCAGAAAAGAAAUCCGAGCCCACUUCAAGCCACCACAGGAGACCAAUCGGAUUUUCAGCGAUAUAUUUGCUCGCAAUCUUGGAGAACCGGGUGCUGCACUACCCGAGCCUCUGUCGUUAUCUUUUGCAUGCGUAGUUUACCGUAUUUUGUACAACAUUGCCUUGGAUAACUUCGAAGGCCCUAACUCGAUUAAUAUUUCAACCCUCGCAAGUCUUUCCAAAUCGUCUCGAGUUGACAAUAACGAUAAUGCCGGAAAUUUGACAAAAGGAGCAGUCUCCACACUAAACUUGUCUAUGCCAGCGACGGAACCAACUAUUGUGCAUCCCGGAACAGUGCUGUGUAUGUUAUUGCUUCUUCCUUCGUUGAACAAUAGUCGACAUGAAGAACUCAGUGUGGCACUGGAAUUUUUCUUGGCUGAAGUGUUGAAAAGUCUUGUGCGAAGCGAACGCAAUCAACAGAUAUUAUGCGAAGUGGGUAUGGCAGGCGCCUUGCUGAAAGUGUGUCGGAUAGCGCUACUGGAAGAGCAACACAUACUUCAUUUGCCUCUACAGUACAUUUUCGAACGUCUGGCUGUACAAGCGUUGCUUCCCAAGGAAUUUCGGGAAUUUCUUCGUUUGGGUUUUCCAAUGGAAAGUAUCAGUGACAGGAAUGCUUCCAGUAUAGCAUCAAUACCAUUGACUCGCAUUAAGACCUUGGUGUCGAUGACUACCCCAAGAGAUUUUCGGGCCCAUGGUUCUUAUACUCUACCACCGUUCGUAGAAAUGGACAUGAACUCUGAAGGAUUUGGAUGUAUUUUUCUGCCAAGCCUUUCGCCACAGGCUACAACGGCUACUGCUGGUUUGGAAGCUGAUGGCCAAGCUAUAGGAGGCAUCGGAACAGGCGAUAGGAACUUUCCCCCAUCCAGUGGACUGAGCUUCUCGACAUGGUUUUGCGUGGAAAAGUUCAGUGACUCUCGCGCGGAUCCACAUGGCAUCCGUCUGUUGACUAUUGUACGCACCGUAAAUAAGCCACGUGAGGAAAAUUACAUUUGUUUGAGUAUUUCGCUUUCUGCGAAGGACAAAGCCAUAAUAACAUCAACGCAAGAAAUUCUCAUGGAACAAAAUGUCGCGGAAUGGGAACCAGAUUGCCUGGAGGAGUAUAGUGCUAGAGUUUGGUGUCCAGAUUUGCUCAUCGAAGGGCAGUGGCAUCAUUUGGUUGUGGUGUUGAAUAAAAUGGUUGGAAAAAGUACCAGCUUCUCACUCUACAUAGAUGGCCAUCAUAUGCACACGCAAAAGAUUCAAUACAUAUCGCCAUGCCCUGGAAGCCAUUACUCUAGCAGCUCAAAUCCUGCUUCGUCAGUUUUUGCCUACAUCGGGACGCCACCGAUCUGGAGAAAGUAUUCCAGGCUUUGUUGGAAGCAAGGUGUUUGUCAUCUCAUUGAGGACGUGUUCAACAACUCUACAGUGAACAAAAUAUAUGCUCUAGGUCCUCAUUACCUUGGAUCGCUGCAGGCCCCACAUGCCGAGAAGAUUGUGGAUGAAUCUGUCAGUCCGAUAGUUCCAGAAGAGCGCGUUAUAUUCGGCAUGAAUGCGAGGGCGGUAUCUAAUUUAACUUUAUCGAAAAUAAGAAAGGUGUACAGCCGAGUCGACUGUAAGGCGAUUGCCAAGCAGUUGGGAAUGAACUCCCACGAUAACGCUACCCCGAUAAAGAUUUUGCACAAUUCUGCCGGGCAUCUGGCGGGACCGGCUCGUACCUUAGGCGGCGUUAUGAUCGGUUAUCUAGGCAUUCGUUGCUUUAGUCCGAAUCCAGUAUCGGCUAUCAUCUACACCGUAGGAGGCUGUAGUGUGCUGUUGGGCAUUAUUGCAAUGUCGCAGAGCGUUGAGAGUUUAUAUGCCGGGGUAAAAGCUUUGACUUGUGUGAUCAAAUCGAACAAAUCGACUCAAAAUGAAAUGGAUCGAAAACGUUAUUACCAAACCCUGGCUAUGAUAUUUAAAAGAAAGAAACAUCUGCUGAACUCACAUAUUCUACAUCUAACGUUUAACUUGGUUGGUACAGUCAAUAGUGGCCAAGAAACAUCGGCGAUACCGAAUGUUAUGUCUUUUCAAGAUUUACUGUGCGAUUUUGAGAUUUGGCUUGGUGCACCAAAUGACAUUUUGAAGUCGUUGUUAGAACACCUCCUGGAACUGAUAUCGGAAUCUAGCGAGAAGAGAACAAAUAUUCGUAUAAUGCGAGAUAUGCAGUGCAUAUCAAAACUGUUACACAUUGUCGAGGAUGUUUACGAUCAAAAUACACGUGAGGUUCUGUAUGGCCUAUUGGAAAUAUUACUUGGUCCUCAACCACGGAUAUCUGAUCUACUACUGUUUGGACAAAGUUUGAUCUAUCAAAUACCGCAGCCAGGGGCAGGUGAUGACAAAGACAAGACUGCUAAUCUCGCCGAUUACACGAACGAAGGAAACACAACAAUCCUUGAUCAAGAGCUGUAUAAAAAUAAUACAACUCUCAGAAAGAUACUCCUGCGUAAUAAAGGCCUCUGUCUUCUGCACAGUAUGCUUUUCACAUCGAAAAACACAGUUAAUGCCGUGUUAUCAGAGGAAAUUUCGAAGGUGCUUGGUUUGGACUGGUUGAUGAUGUUCAUGCAACCACACUUGAACAGCACCACAGUCAUAUGGGCUAUGCGAAUUUUGGUUGUUCUGUGUGCGAACGAUACCAUCAUUGGACGUUUCCGCGAGGGUACCAUGAAUAGUGGUUACAUGAAGAAUACCGAAGUUGUGUCACACAACAAAGACAUGUUGCUGCUGUCGACGGCUCAAAGCGCAACCGCAUCGACUAACUUGAAAAAGCCCCAGGAGCUGGUAGCCUCUGCCUUGGUGAAAACUAGCGAUGAGUCCAAGUCACAGUUCAUGAACUGUUCGGGGUUUACAUAUCUAGAGUGGCUUCUGCAGCACCACGUCAGCAUUCCUGAGAUAUAUUUUCUUCUAACGGCGUUAAUUAUGGGUCAGCCUGUGAAAUUACUAGGUACGGAGCAUAUCAAUGUAGAUCUCGACCGCAUCUGGACUUUUCUGUGGGGUGCUCCAGUUUCAGGAAUCCUUGGUGCAUCGUCUGCCUCAAAGAUGUCGCUAUGUCCGGAAGCCGUAUGCAUACUAUUGAAUAUCAUUAGAAAAAUAGUUCACACCACAAACAAUGCCGAAUGGCUUCAUAACCAUCCGAAUACGUUAGUACAGGUCCUUUUCUCAUUGUAUCACAAUCUGCCGGAUUUCAUGCCGGUCGUAAUGUCGGCAGAAGUGAUCACCUCGUUAAUAGGUGUCAUGUUUCCUUAUCGCAUCAAAUCAUUCGAUUCCGAAACGAACAGUAUUUCAUCCCCAUCUGGAGAGUUGGUGUCCUAUCAAGAUAUAGAGAAACGUUUCUCCGAAAAAGAAAGCCAUAAGUUGACGGAACAUCCGGUUCGUAAGUUUGUUAUUGAUUUCUUACGCGUCGUUGCUGUUGAUUCCCUAAGCUUGGCGUACAGCGGAAAGUGCACUCCGGUUGUUGACUGUAUUCUAGACGCGUAUCCGGAAAAUAGUUCAUUCGAUGCUAGAUGCGAGUUUUUGACGGAAAUCAUAACCACCCUGAUGGAUCACUUGCUGGCUGCUGAUAUUUUGGUAGGGGAACAGGCCGCUCUUCCGAUAGUUCCAUUACUGCAAUCCCAUGUGCAAAAUAUAGCCCCUAAUGUGUUUUACCUAACUGCUAGAGUUGUGGAUAAGUUAUGGCAAGGAAGUAUAAAUAAGGACCCACAUGAAAUAUUCGAAUUUGUCAUAAAAUUGAUAACUCAAGCAAGGAGACGAUCAAGUGCUAUCUCACUGGACAACCUUUACCAUUCACUCAAUCGCUGCAUUCUGUAUCUCUUGUCGCGCUCUACUGACACCGUUCCUGAUCAAAUGAUGGUAAUGGAAGCACUCCACAAACUUACUACAAAUAGACUGAUGAUCUUCGGUGCAGGAAACCAUGAACCAGAGUUUAUCGGAUGCCUCACGUUCUGUUUAAUGCAGUUAACGGCUAAAGAAAGAAUUCUGCUGGAUAUCAAAGAUUCUAAAGAUGCCGAUCGCACAACUACUUGGCACAUCAAUUCCGUCAAUGACUCAAAUGACGUUGGGGACGAUUCACUUAAUCAUCACCAAGGCACAAACUUAAUCGGAAAUGCUGCAUCUCGAGUCUGGGAAGAACUGUACGUCUGCAAGAAGCCAGCAAUCGAGGAGGUGUUCAAGAUUAGUUUGACGCCACCAAUAAAUAACACAAAAGCACCUGACAUGACAAUAACUAGGGAGCAAAUUUUGGAAUCUGCCACCAAACUCUGGUUUAGCUACAUAGAUGGGGAGAAACGAGCUCAGGAUCGAAUACCAUGGGAAUUACAUAAUAAUAUACAGUCGAAGAUUCAAAAGGUGACAGGAAAUCUAACGAGACUGGCAAGUCGCACAAAGGUGAAAAAAGAUGAACAAAACAAGGGCAAAACUGAAAUUGACACGGAAACGAUGUACCAAUUAAAUCUAGUCAAUUUAUGCUUAGUUAAGGAUUUUUGGGAGCUGCGAAGCUCUCAGCAUAUGCAUAUGGCUCAACAUACUCAACGGUAUGUUUAUCAGGAAUGGCUUCAAUCUGAAGCUGAACUAUUUCGAGAAAGAGGAUUGUGGGGCCCGAAGGGUACAAUUAACUUUACAAAGUGGAUAUUAGAUACUACGGAAGGGCCGCAUCGCAUGCGUAAAAAGAUGAUGAAAAAUGAUCUCUUCUAUGUCCACUACCCAUACCGGCCAGAAUUGGAGCUCUCUGAUCAAGCUAGUCGUCAAUUGAAGUAUAAAGUGGCAACAAGUCUGGACAGUAAAAAGUACUACAACAGUAUUCAACAAAUGCCCAAAGUUCUUUCUCUUCAAAUGGAGCAGGAAUCUGGGGUUAAAAAUCCAUUAGCCCAAUCUUCGAGUUUAGCUAAUUCUAGUCGAUCGAAUUUAGAGAGCAAGACUAACGACAAUGAUCAACAUUAUGAUAUGGAAGAUGAUGACGAGGAAUUAUCUGCGACCCCGGACAAUCAAACACUUCUCCGUUUGCUUGAGGAAAAAGAAAAGAUAUCUCACAUAUUUCGAUGUGCAAGGAUACAAGGGUUGGAUACAUUCGAAGGCUUACUUCUAUUUGGCAGAGAACACUGCUACGUUAUUGAUGGGUUUACUUUAAUGAAGAAUCGAGAGAUCCGUGAUAUUGAUUCGAUACCACUCGGAAGCUACGAACCCAUUCUACCAAAUCCGGGAAAUACCAGAAUUUCUCACGAAUUGAGACAGAAUUCUAAAUUCUCCUAUGAGGAAAUAAGAGAGGUACAUAAAAGAAGAUAUCUUUUGCAACCAAUUGCGCUGGAAGUGUUUUCUGGAGAUGGUAGGAAUUUUUUGCUGAGCUUCCCAAGGAAAGUAAGGAACAAGGUGUAUCAAAGGCUCAUGUCUGUAGCGACUUCAAUUGCCGAUAAUGCGCAACAAUCGGUGGCAGGUCAAAGCAGGUCGGCUAACGUAGAGCAGUCCUCUGGUAUAUUUAGCAGUUUGAUCGGAGAAACGUCCGUAACACAGCGUUGGGUGCGAGGCGAAAUAUCCAACUUCCAAUAUCUGAUGCACUUGAAUACAUUGGCGGGACGGUCCUAUAACGAUCUGAUGCAAUAUCCCGUAUUUCCAUGGAUUCUGGCUGACUAUGACUCUGACAGACUGGAUUUGAGCAAUCCGAAAUCGUUCCGUGAUUUUUCCAAACCAAUGGGCGCUCAAUCAAAGGACCGUCUAGAACAGUUUGAAAAGCGCUACAAAGAGUGGGAUGAUCCACAUGGCGAAACACCACCGUACUUUUACGGAACGCACUACAGCUCGGCGAUGAUCGUUUGUUCGUACUUGGUUCGGCUGGAACCGUUUACACAACAUUUUCUGCGGCUGCAAGGAGGACAUUUUGAUUUGGCUGAUCGGAUGUUUCACAGUAUCAAAGAGGCUUGGCAUUCGGCUUCUAAACAUAAUAUGGCUGACGUGAAAGAACUGAUUCCGGAAUUCUUCUACCUACCGGAGUUUCUGAUCAACGAUAACAACUUUGAUUUUGGGAUGAAACAGAACGGAGAUAUUUUGAACCAUAUUGUGUUGCCUCCGUGGGCCAAAGAUGAUCCUAGAGAAUUUAUUAGGAUACAUCGCGAAGCCUUGGAAAGCGACUAUGUUAGUCGCCAUCUUCAUCUGUGGAUUGAUUUGAUAUUUGGGUAUAGACAACGAGGGCAUGCAGCCGUAGAAGCUUGUAAUGUGUUUCAUCAUCUAUUCUACGAAGGCAAUGUUGAUAUAUACAAUAUCGAAGACCCGCUGAAAAAAAAUGCCACUAUCGGAUUUAUCAAUAACUUUGGGCAAAUUCCCAAACAAUUGUUCCGAAAGGCUCAUCCAGCAAAACGUGGACAGUCUUCAAAGAAUACUAUAAUAGACUCCAGUCUAGUGCUGCAACAAUCAAUAAACUACACCGAUAAACUGUUUUUCCAUAAUCUAGAGAACUUAAAGCCAAGCUCUCAACCAAUCAAAGAGGUGAAAGGCCCUGUAGGACAUAUUAUACAGAUGGAAAAGCUAGUGCUAGCUGUCGAGCAGAAUAAAAUUCUAAUGCCACCGAGCUACAACCGUUACAUUGCCUGGGGCUACGCAGAUCAUUCCAUUCGUGUUGGCAUUUAUGACUCAGAUCGUGCGCUGUUCGUGUGCGAGAAUGUAGCCCCAGAUUCGGGCGAAAUCCUCGCAUGUGUUUGUCCGAACGCUAGAACAAUAAUAAUGGCAGGCACUAACUCUAUUCUAACGGUCUGUGAUAUAGAUUUUAAGCAUAAACAGUUGUAUGUGAAGCAGACACUUCACGGGCAUACGGACGCGGUGACAUCGUUGGCGGCAAGCACAGCGUACAACAUCAUAGUGUCGGGAUCGAAGGACAAAUCGGCCAUAAUCUGGGACAUGUCAAGGUACAAGUAUGUACGUCAGCUGUUAAACCACGUGGGAGUGGUGGCUGCGGUUAGCAUUAAUGAAUUAACGGGUGAUAUCGCUACGUGUUCUGCUACUUGGUUAUAUGUCUGGACUAUUAAUGGAGACUGUUUGGCAAAGGUUAACACGAGUAUCGGCUGUGCUGAUCGGAUGCAGCAGAUUUUGUGUGUAACGUUUUCGCAUAAGAACGAAUGGGAUAAUGAUAACGUGAUCAUAACUGGUUCAACCGAUGGGGUAGUCAGGAUGUGGUCCCUAGACCAUGUGCAAAUACCAACGGAACGCCAAAGCUGUAGUGAAAGUCAUCUAUACGAAGAAGAAUUUGGCGAUAAUAGAGGAUCGGAUGGAGAAUGUUCUUCUUUUGUAGAUUUAGGCGCUGUCGUUAGAUCAUCCUCCACUAGUAGCAUAUAUGAACAAUACACAAUACAUGACAGUAACCAACCAUCUAAGAGCAACACAGAGGACUCGCACAAUACUUCUAUACAAUCAUCCAGCAAAAUAACUGCGAAUGUAAAGGCCGUCUCCAUUGAUCGCCAUCUAGAUAAGUACGAUUCAAGCGUCAACGGGCAAUUUCUCACGAAGGAAGACACUCAGAAGACGAAGAAAACAUUCCGCUGGCAACGUCAAUUGAUAUUCCGUACCAAGCUAAGUAUGCACACUGCUUAUGAUCUAAAGGACAAUGUGGAACCAGCCAGCAUCACCUCCUUGGCUAUAUCGAAUGAUCAUCGGACGGUUUUCGUAGGCGAUGCGAGGGGCAGAAUCUUCUCUUGGAGUGUUGCUGAUCAACCAGGAAAGGUGUUAUCGGAUAACUGGGUUAAGCAAGGUCCUAGUGAUCGCUGUAAUGGAUGCCACAUUCGUUUCAGCCGAUACGACCGGAAGAAUGUUUGUCGUAGCUGUGGGCAGGAGUUUUGUGGAAAGUGUUGUCACCUCGACUCCACUAUAUUCCAGCUGAGGAUUCGUAUGCCGGUUCGCAUUUGUAAAGUAUGUCAUAGUCGUCUACAGGAAACUAAUGAUGCAUAGGUUUGAAAAAAAGUAAUAGAGGAAAACAAAACAGUUCAGUAUUAUAUACAUUAUUACUGAAGUAGAUUGAGUAAUUGUUGUGUUUGAUUGUUGAUUUCUUAUCCGUAUAUAGUUCAAAGUGAUCAUGAGCGUAGUGCAAUACAAUGUUGACUAGUAUAGAGGGCAAAAUACCAGAACAAUAAAUUAUUGUAUAUACAUAUAGUACAUAACUGUAA